ACUGCGCGCCCGCCGCCCGGGGGAAGCAGCAACAUCCUCACAACUUGCGGACUGUGGCGCAACUGGUCUCGGCCGCCAAGGCCCCCGACGCUGCCCGGCUGAGGUUUUCGUAUUGCUAAUCUGGGAACUUUGUGCAAGAAGUCCUAAGGCAAAUAUCAACACUCAGUUAAGGAACUUGGGAAAGAAAACAGUCUCAACAAUGAACAGGCCACCCAUCACUACCAGCUACAGAUGACUUGCUGUUUCAUUAUCAAAGAUGUCGUCUGCUGCUGAAAAUGGAGAUGCAGCACCUGGAAAACAAAACGAAGAAAAAACCUAUAAAAAGACUGCGUCAUCUGCUAUCAAAGGUGCUAUUCAGCUGGGAAUAGGAUACACAGUGGGGAAUCUCACUUCCAAGCCUGAGCGAGAUGUUCUCAUGCAAGACUUUUACGUGGUGGAAAGUGUGUUCCUACCCAGCGAAGGAAGCAACCUGACCCCUGCGCACCACUUCCCAGACUUCCGAUUCAAGACCUACGCUCCGCUGGCCUUCCGGUACUUCAGAGAGCUUUUUGGGAUCAAGCCUGACGAUUACUUGUAUUCCAUCUGCAGUGAGCCUCUGAUAGAGCUGUCCAACCCCGGAGCUAGUGGAUCCUUGUUUUUCGUGACCAGUGAUGAUGAAUUUAUCAUCAAGACGGUUCAGCACAAAGAAGCUGAGUUCCUUCAGAAGCUCCUGCCGGGAUAUUACAUGAAUUUAAACCAGAACCCAAGGACUCUUUUGCCAAAAUUUUACGGCCUGUACUGCAUGCAGUCAGGGGGCAUUAACAUCAGGAUUGUGGUGAUGAACAACGUUCUGCCCCGCUCCAUGAGGAUGCACUUCACCUACGACCUGAAAGGCUCGACAUACAAGCGCAGAGCAUCCCGGAAAGAGAGGGAGAAAUCCAACCCCACUUUUAAGGACCUGGAUUUCCUGCAAGACAUGCAUGAAGGCUUGUAUUUUGAUAUAGAAACGUACAACGCGCUCAUGAAAACGCUGCAAAGAGACUGCCGGGUGCUGGAGAGCUUCAAGAUUAUGGACUAUAGCCUUUUGCUGGGGAUCCACGUCUUGGACCAUUGCCUUAAAGAGAAAGAAGAGGAGACCGCACAGAACAUGCCGGAUGCUAAGCGGCCCGGCAUGCAGAAGGUCCUCUACUCGACAGCCAUGGAAUCCAUCCAGGGUCCAGGGAAGUCUGGAGAUGGCAUCAUCACAGAGAACCCAGACACAAUGGGAGGCAUUCCAGCCAAAAGCCAUAAGGGAGAAAAGCUGCUUUUGUUUAUGGGCAUUAUUGACAUUCUCCAAUCAUAUAGGUUAAUGAAGAAGCUAGAACAUUCCUGGAAAGCUCUCGUGUAUGACGGGGACACCGUGUCCGUUCAUAGACCAAGUUUUUAUGCAGACCGAUUCCUUAAGUUUAUGAACUCCAGGGUUUUCAAGAAGAUCCAAGUUUUGAAGGCCUCACCUUCUAAGAAGCGGUGCAAUUCCAUCGCCGCCUUAAAGGCGACCUCUCAGGAGAUCGUGUCCUCCAUUAGCCAGGAAUGGAAGGAUGAGAAGCGAGAUCUGCUGACCGAAGGACAGAGUUUUAGUAGCCUUGAUGAAGAAGCCCUGGGCUCCCGACACCGGCCAGACCUGGUGCCCAGCACUCCGUCGCUGUUUGAAGCUGCCUCCCUGGCAACCACCAUUUCUUCUUCUUCAUUAUACGUCAAUGAGCAUUACCCCCACGACAGGACUACGCUUUACUCAAACAGCAAAGGGCUGCCUUCCAGUUCCACCUUCACCUUGGAAGAGGGGACCAUCUACCUGACGGCCGAGCCAGCCGCCCUGGAAACACAGGACGACAACGCCUCGGUGCUGGACGUCUAUUUAUAAGUGAAAAUAUUGACCAUCUAAGCACAGGGAUGAGAUGUACACAGUGUGGGAGAGAAGUUUCUCCUCUCCAGCAUUCUCCAGAGGAGCUUGGCUGAGCCCCACUACACACAGAGUAACGACCAGCUGGACCUGGAGUCUGCGAGAUGCCCGGGGAGCCUCGGUAUACAGGCUGCUCAGCAGAUGGGUGGGGGAGUACCACACUAUUCUAUCAAUUGCUGUUGCUUGCCGAACUGUGAAGAACUGCAUGAACUGUCUUUAAGCUGCUUCUAUACCAUUGCCAAUCACCUUUUUUGGAAUUGGAAGUGCUAUUUUCCUAUGGACUCUUGCGUUAUUUCAUUUUGCAUGCAUCCAGUGAUUCUACACAAAAGCAACAUACAUAAUCUGCUUAUAUAUUUUUAAAAAAUCCAUCCAUGCAAAAUGGAAAAGUAUAAAUUCUGCUUCUUUCUUUUUUUUUUUUUUUUUGCAAAAUCAUAUUCAUAGCCCUUGUCAUUAAAAGUUUAAAUUGGUUUCAUUUAAAGAUCAGUGGAAUCGGUCUGCCUAUACUUUAUAGAAAACUAGCUUCUAUAAAGAUUUUUUCACUGUUUAUUAGUGAAAUGAGAAAAGCAAAGCUAUUUAUAAAAGGCCUUAUGUCGUGUAUAUACAUUGUCUUUGAAAUAUUUGUGAUUUAGUUUAUUGCUUGUA